CAAGGGGUAUUUCGAAAUAAAGUCUAUACAAAUAGUAUUUCGGAUGAUUUUUAGGUCAAAUCUUGAGUGAUAGAGUUGUUAUUAGAGUUGGGGCUCCAUGUUCGAUUAGAAAAGACCGAAAUUGAGAAUAUCACGAGUAGAGCCUAUACGAAAGGAAUAUUUGAAAUCAAAAUUUUAUCGUAUCCAAACGUGUCAGGACCGGGAAACGCUCCGCUUGUCCGAAACGAGCUACGGUCAAAUUCACUCGUGGCCAGAUUGGCGAGGUCCACGUAUAAGCAAAAUAGAUGGACGGAUUACCAGAAGAAAAAAGGAACAGAAAUUAAGAAUUUUAUAUUAUCACAGUUUCUACAACCAGAAAAAAGAAUCGGUGUAAAAUGGACGGAUUGCCAGCAGAUCUUUGUCUCAAAAUUUUCUGUUGGUUGGAUCAUCAGAAUCUUGCAACUGCUCAAUUGGUAUGCAAGAAAUGGAGUGUGUUGGCCUCAGACAAUGCGUUAUGGUCUAAUAUCUUCAAGGAAAGAUGGGGGGUUGAUAACGCCACAUUCUAUGCCCCGGUGCAUCCAAAGUCGUGGAAAGAUGUCUAUGUUGUUCAAGACCGAUGUGAUCGAGUUGGAUUGGGAUUAAACAUUGUAAGGGAAGGAGACAAUUAUUACUUAGUUCAUCAAGGUGAAAUUCAGCGAUAUUUGGGUUCAAGAAGAUCGGAAGCAAGAGCAUUUGACUCGUUGAAUUCGGAGAAUGGCUACUCGGGAACAAAGUCUGAAGAGGAACCCUGUUCAAGUAUUUUGGACAGAAUCCUCUUUUUCAUUGGUGAUUUGGAAGCAGCUUCUUUACAUGCUAAACGAAGCCGACUGCAGUAGUGAUCUCUCAAUCGAAAGCCGAAUCUAGUGAAUUUUCAAUAUUUAUUGCUCUGUCUAUAGUCAUUUAUGUAAACUAAUUUCUCAUCCUAUCGAAUUGGUAAGUUAUUGCAAUAUAAUUUACAUAAUUUGGAAU